AGAGAUGCGGGACAGAGAGAGCAACCUCACGGCCAGCGAGCUUCCGUUUGCACUUCCGAUCAAAGUUCGUGACUCCGGUUGGAUAGAAAGGGGACUUCACUGAAGGAGAUAGAGGUUAGGGCCUCUCUCUCUCUCUCUCGGUCGGAGGUCGGACGGAAACAGCGAACAGGGGUUCGACUAGAGUCGAGCAGGUGUUCAUGGGAGAGAGCAGGUCGGAGAAGUGGAGGUAGGGGUUUCGAGUGGAGGAGGUGAGAAGCUUGCGGGAUGUGGAAGCAGAGGUUGGAGAGGGAAAUCGGGAGAGUCGGGGAGAGCUUGGUCGCGUGUGUGGUGCGAAUGGAAGAGAGGAGGCGUCGGUGUUGUUCGGAGCUUUUGGCCGAGAGAGAAGAGGCGAUAUCUCCCCGAAGGAGUUGCACAGGAAACACGGAGAGACUGGAGCGGCGCCGAAUCGGUACGUAUGCUGGAUUUCUUGCGGUAUUUGCGGGAUUCGCUCAGGUAUUUCGAUGGUGCCGAGGUAUUGAGCGGGAUUUCAGGGAUUUGCGGCAGAGUGCAGGGCAAAUCGACAUAAAAAUUUCUCGUUUCGUUGGAUCCUCGAGAAGCUUGGUGGAGAACAAAUAUAGUUGCAUGUCUUCAAAUAUUUCAGUUGUUUGUUCAAGCACUUUAAUGGCAGCAGAAAUGGAGGAUUUCUCGAUUAUUGACUUUGAUGCAUUAGUUUCUGAGGUAAUGUUGGUACAAGAAUUGAGAAUUGACAAGUUGUGUAAUUUGACUUCGAAGAAAUGUAGAACCAUAUAUUCUUUUUCUUUUACCGGUUGAAGUUGUAGAUGCAUGUUGUUUCAAUUGACUACAAUCACUAAUGCUCUCAUGAUUUUGUGAAGGUUCA